AUGUCUCUCACAAACUGCCGUUACUAUGAGGAGAAGUUUCCGGAGAUUGACAGCUUUGUCAUGGUCAAUGUCAAGCAGAUCGCCGAAAUGGGAGCCUAUGUCAAGCUUCUCGAAUACGACGACAUUGACGGCAUGAUUCUGCUCUCCGAACUCUCGCGACGACGUAUCCGCAGUAUCCAGAAGCUCAUUCGAGUCGGCCGUAACGAGGUUGUCGUCGUUCUCAGAGUUGACAAGGAGAAGGGUUACAUUGAUCUUUCGAAACGUCGUGUGUCUGCCGAAGACAUUGUCAAGUGCGAGGAGCGAUACAACAAGGGCAAGAUGGUCCACUCCAUCAUGCGCCACGUCGCCGAGAAGACCUUGAUUCCUAUUGAGACGCUAUAUGAGAGCAUCGCCUGGCCUCUGAACCGCAAAUACGGCCACGCUAUUGAUGCUUUCAAGCUGUCUAUCACUAACCCCGAAGUCUGGGAUGGCAUCACUUUCCCCGGCCAGCCUGCCGCCGAUGAGCUCAAGUCUUACAUAGGCAAGCGCCUGACCCCCCAACCGACCAAGGUCCGUGCCGAUGUCGAAGUCACCUGCUUCGGCUACGAGGGCAUCGACGCCGUCAAGACUGCUCUCCGCACCGCCGAGGCCGGCAACACCGAGGAGACCUCAGUCAAGGUCAAGCUAGUUUCGCCACCCCUCUACGUUCUCACCAGCACCUGUCUGGACAAGUCUGUUGGCAUCAAGCGCCUGGAAGAAGCCAUUGUCGAUAUUCGCAAAAACAUCGAGGGUGCUGGUGGCAACCUGACGGUCAAGAUGGAGCCCAAGGCCGUCACCGAGAGCGAUGACGCCCUGCUGCAGGCCCUCAUGGAGCAGAGAGAGCGCGAGAACGCCGAGGUCAGCGGCGACGAGAGCAUGAGCGAGAGCGAUGACAACAUUCCCGAGACGAUGUAA